AUGGGUCUUUGCCCCAGGCAUAUGGGAGGGUCCAUUUCGAGACAUCCUGAGCUGGUUACGAUCAGCAAUCUUGGGAUAAGCCUUUUAGAUGAUGUGGCUCGAGGCAAUCAAGCCGCUACGACGUAUGUUUGUACAUUUGACGGAGAGAUCCACCAUCUGAAGGCGAAAGCCACCAAGAGGAAGGCAAGGCACACCAAGCUUCUACACUGGAGGCUGAGCUGGAGGUGGCUCUCAAGUAGAAAGACCAGGUAUCUGAAAGGGGGACCAAGCCCUUCAUCCCUAACAAGCCCUGUGCUCGGGGCGUACGACCUCGGGUUGAGGUAUGGUCUCGGGCUGACCCCUAAAGAGAUCAUCAAGCAUCCCUGUUGUUGUCCCGAUUCCCCUUCCCUUGCCAUCGACGUGAGCUCUUCUUCGAUGGGCCUAGGAGAGGACACGACUACUUUUUCGAGAAGAAAGAAGAAGAAGGUCCAACAUUCGUCUUCGCCAAAGCUGUCGGACUCUUCUUUUAGUGAGAUAAGAUUUACAACUGGCGAGCUGGAGAUGGCCUUUGGGAAGACGAUGCUAAAGAGGCAGCUUUUUGAUGUCGUAAAGGAUAGGGAUGAACUGAAGGCUGAGGAUGCUCAGUUGCAGGCAGAGAAUGUGCGACUGGGGGAGGAGGUCCUAGAGUUGAAGAAAAAUAGUGAAAAACCUUGA